UUCUGUAAACUCUGCAAUUUCAUCCAAUUUGUGAAGAUUUUUUUAUUUUUACUGCUUUUGCUGGAUUGUAAAAUUAGGGUUUGGAUUUUGUCCCUUUGUUUUUCCUCUUUCCUCUGGGGUUUAGAGUUGGGAGGGAGGUAAAAAAUCUGCAAUCCAGUGCAAAAUUUAAAGAGGAAAGUAAAACAAUGCGUGGGUUUCAUUUAUGAGCAAUACUUAGUGGAUUUUGAAAUUUGAAUUUGAAUUGUGUAGAUGUACUAUGAAAGUAGAAAAAGGAAAGAUGAUGAUUGUAUUGUAUUGAGGGUGUAGAGAGAGGGAGGAUUUAUGAAGUUACCACUUAUGAUAAGACAUACCAUAAUAGGAUCACCCUAGGGGUUAUAUUAACCUGACUUCACACAAAUGUUCAAAUUGCAGUUCUUGUUCUUCUUGAUUCUACACUGAGACCUAAACAUGAGCAUGUCGGGAUCUGACAUGGUAACCAGGGACCAAUUCUCAGUUGGGAUGCACAACCCUCAAUCCCAACCGCAACAACAACAACAACCUCAACUUCAUCAAAACAUGCGUAUGGACUAUGCUGCUGCUGACGGGGCCGCUGUUUUCGCCGCCCCUACCAUCAACAUCAACGGCGGAGAAUCCUCUCCAGUCAGUGUGCCUCCGGGCUUGGGCCUGGGCCAGGCCCAUCCCCAGGUCAUGGUGGGUAACUCCACUGAGACACUCAAGAGAAAGAGGGGAAGGCCCAGAAAGUACGGGCCUGAUGGUGGCAUGGCUUUGAGCUUGAACACUACCCCUCCUCCUGGUGGCGCCGCCGUGCCUGUUGGCCAUUCCGGUGGGGCAUUUCCGGCGGCUCCUCUCUCUGAUUCUGCCUCAGCCGGUACCGGGAAGCGUAGGGGCAGACCUCGUGGUUCUGUUAACAAGAAUAAGAAAAGCUCAAAGUUUUCUGGGCCAGGAGGUUUCUUUACCCCGCAUGUCAUUACCGUGAAAGCUGGAGAGGAUUUAUCAGCAAGAAUCAUGUCAAUUUCCCAGAGUGGUACAAGAAAUGUUUGCAUCUUAAGUGCAAAUGGGUCCAUAUCUAAUGUGACACUUCGACAGCCUGCAUCGUCUGGUGGAACUGUGACUUACGAGGGGCGAUUUGAGAUCUUAUCACUCGGUGGUUCAUUGUUUCUUACUGAAAAUGGUUCUCAUGGCGAAAGAACUGGGGGCCUGAGUGUGUCCUUGUCAGGGCCAGACGGCCGCGUCUUGGGGGGUGGAGUCGCAGGUCUUUUGGUGGCUGCUUCCCCUGUUCAGAUUGUUUUGGCUAGUUUUGUUUCCGAUGGGAAGCAAUCCAAGUCUGCAAAGCGGAUGAGGAAUGUAUCUGCACCGGAAAAGGUUUCCACAGGUGGUGGUGGUGGUGGUGGCGGCGGCCAAAGCAGCUCACCGUCAAGGGGCACUCUGAGUGAGUCUUCAGGUGGGGUCGGGAGUGGGAGCCCACUGAACCAAAGCACAGGAGACUGCAUGAACAAUAUGAACAGCAGCACCCCAACGGCAGGCUUUUCAGGCAUGCCCUGGAAGUAAACUUGACCCCUCACUCAUCAUCACUGUUUUCUGUAGUGUCACAUCAGGUUCUACUCACUUGUUAUGGUAGUAUUACUCAUUCAAGACACCUGUUACAUUAUUAGCUUUGUGUAAUGUUAGUUGGAGGAUUAACAUUUCAGGGAUAAUACAUAUGAUCUUGUAGCUUAAUUUGGUUAGAUAUUGCGACAGAUGUUAGUGUAUGUGGACUUGGGUGAUUCACGAGAUUCUGGCAGAAUGUAGUUGUGUUCUAGGACCACCGUGUAGGAUCAUCAUUAGAUCUGUUUUAUUGUAAUUUGUUGUCGGUUCAUGUGUCCAAAACUUUCUCCUGUUGCCCAGUUGUUUGGUGGUAAUAAUACUUAAUCUAGUUUAGUCUUUUACAUUAUA